AUGUUUGCCUGUGGUACACUGACAGAAUCUCAGCUUCCUCACUGGUCAGCCAUGAGUGCCAACAACGCUUUCAACACCACAAGCAAUUUCACUUCUUUCCAUCACCAGGCUUUACCCUUAUCACCGCCGCCCGACGUUCGCCCUGCAUAUUUUGGACACGUGACAAUGCCCACCUACAGCGGUGUCAGUGGUGCUCCCUACCCGUACCUUCAGCAUCACCACAACGCCUUCACCAACGGCAUCGCACCGCCUAUGCUCUCUCCUCCGGCUGAGAAACCCGCCACGCCCCCGAAAGAACCACACACAACCAGCUGGUGGAACAGUGCCACUUACGCUACUCCGCUAUCACAUGCUGCUUCCAACUACCAAUUUCACCGUCACCAGUACGGCGUGGCACACGUGAGUCCAGCUGUUCCUCAGCCCAUUCCGGGCAGCGUCACUCAGGAUGCUAUUGUUCAGCAACAGACCAACAUCACCGCCGCUCUCCUCACCGCUAACUCAUCGGUCAGUGUUCGGCGUUGUCGACGAUGCCGUUGUCCUAACUGCCAAGACACUUCAAGAGACACUUCAGCUACCAAGAAGAGGGAGCACAUCUGCCAUGUUCCGGGAUGUGGUAAGGUCUAUGGCAAGACUUCUCACCUGAAGGCACAUCUGCUCUCACAUAGUGGAGAACGCCCCUUCGUGUGCAACUGGAUCUUCUGUAACAAGGCCUUUACUCGAUCCGACGAACUUCAGCGCCAUCUGCGAACGCACACCGGUGAAAAACGUUUUCAGUGUGAGGAGUGUGGGAAACGUUUCAUGCGUUCUGAUCACCUGAACAAGCACGUCAAGACACACGAGAACCGACGUGCCCGUGUUGCUUCUGCUUCUGCUGAAGGUGACGACGUUGAUGUGGAACUGUGUGAAGAUGAGACGGAGGAGUUUUUCUCUGUCACUCUGCCAGACUCUCCCGUGUCUGAAACGGAUUUUCAAGAGCCUAAUGAUAUAAAGGAGAAUUCUCAGAACCACACUUUCAGCCAGAUUCUACAAAGAGGGCAUAGAGGAAACAAGUUAACAGGCAGAUAUGCCUUGACAGUGCGGGAAGUUGUGGUCAUUUUCCAGUUACAAGUUCAGUGCUUCUCCCUUAAUCACAAUAGAAUUAACAAUAUUCGGAUGAAGCGUGGCUUUCAAGGACGUGAGCGCGUGACCUGUCAUGACCUCUAUGUUUGGCCAACUAAUUCACACCUUGUCGCGAACUUGUUGCUGCAGUCAUGCAUACUGGUCCAAUGUAAAUGUCAACGUCACUUUUCGCUGCUCAUCGUUAGCACUACAAUCAGAAUUGUCAGGAUGUUUGCCUGUGGUACACUGACAGAAUCUCAGCUUCCUCACUGGUCAGCCAUGAGUGCCAACAACGCUUUCAACACCACAAGCAACUUCAGUUCCUUCCAUCAACAGGCUUUACCCUUAUCACCGCCGCCCGACGUUCGCCCUGCCCAUUUUGGACACAUGUCAACGCCCACCUAUAACGGUGUCAGUGGUGCUCCCUACCCGUACCUUCAGCAUCACCACAACGCCUACGCCAACGGCAUUGCACCGCCUAUGCUCUCUCCUCCGGCCGAGAAACCUGUCACGCCCCCGAAGGAGCCGCACACAUCCACCUGGUGGAACAGUGCCAUAUACGCUACUCCGCCAUUACAUGCUGAUUCCAACUACCGCUUUCACCGUCACCAAUACGACAGACUGGGUGGCGUGGCACACGUGAGUCCAGCUGUUCCUCAGCCUAUUCCUAAUGCCGUCACUCAGGAUGCUAUUCUUCAGCAACAGACCAACAUCGCCACCGCUCUCCUCACCGCUCACUCAUCGGUCAGUGUUCGGCGUUGUCGACGAUGCCGUUGUCCUAACUGCCAGGACACUUCAAGAGACACUUCAGCUACCAAGAAGAGGGAGCACAUCUGCCAUGUUCCAGGAUGUGGUAAGGUCUAUGGCAAGACUUCUCACUUGAAGGCACAUCUGCUCUCACAUAGUGGAGAACGCCCCUUCGUAUGCAACUGGAUCUUGUGCCACAAGGCCUUCACUCGAUCCGACGAACUUCAGCGCCAUCUGCGAACGCACACUGGUGAAAAACGUUUCCAGUGUGAGGAGUGUGGAAAACGUUUCAUGCGUUCUGAUCACCUGAACAAGCACGUCAAGACACACGAGAACCGACGUGCCCGUGUUGCUUCUGCUUCUACUGCCGAAGGAGACGAUGUUGAUGUGGAACUUUGUGUUGAUGAAACGGAGUUUUUCUCUGUAACUCUGCCAGAUUCUCCUGUUUCUGAAACGGAUUUUCAAGAGCUUAAAGAUGUAAUGGAGAAUGGUCAGAUACACAGCAACAGCCAGUUUCUAUGAAAUAAUCCUUUGUAAAAUGUCCCUGUAGCAUCUGUCAGUUACUUAUGGGUGAACCUUAUGAAUAUACCCUGUGAAAUGAGAUGAAUAAAAUGUCACAUUGAAA